AUGUCGUACCUACUCACGGAAAUAGCGCUGGAGAUGCUGGGCUACAAGUUCUACGAUACCAAUGGCACCUUCCACCUGACCAACUUUCAAAACAACUCGACGCUCAGCGAAUUGCAUCCGGAUGAGCCCUCGCUGGCGGAGUUCAUUGAACAAACAAAUCAGGAGCCGGAGCAGCAGCAGCAGCAGGAGCUGCACACGCUGGCGGUAAGAGAGGGGGCGGACCUGGAUGCCUCAACCAUUCCCGAGUCGCGCAAUCCGAGACGCACGCCGGCCAAGGCGCUGGCCAAAAUAAUGGACUACGAGAGCGAGAAGAUAGUCAACCAGAUCAGCACUCGUCUGGAGCGUUCGGUGGCACGUCGGGCGGCGGCGGACAGCGACGAACAGCUGGCAGAGAUCAUCGACGAGGAGAGGAAGUUAAUCGCGUCGGAUGCCGCUGUAAUGCAUAAGUUUCGCGAAUUCGUGCAGAGCCGCCUGCAGCGAUUGGACAAGCUGCCCUACGAAAAAUACGCACGCACUUUCGGGCCGGAAUAGGUUGCUGCCGUGCAAUGGCAGAGUGAAACCAUUAGAUUGUUUAGUAAAUAAAUUAAUAAAUAAGUUACCGAAA